CUCAAACGGAAAAAGAGAAAACAAAGAUAUUAGCGAAUGAAGAUGUCCAAGCAGAUCGUUUUUCCAACACAUCGUCAGUCCGAAGAAAAUAACAAUUCAUGUCGAACAGGAAUUGUAAUUGAGCACAACCAUUGUCGUUGCGUUUUGCGGGAAUAGAGAGUGUAAAUACAGAAGAACUACUAUUGUCAAAAGGGUGCACUUCAAAGUAUUUCCUUUUCACAUUUUUUAUAACAACUAAUAUCAGGCCAUGCAAACCUAAGAGACAGCAAGCACCUAAAGUUGAAAUGUCACUGGGAAAGACUUCAGUCAACGUUGUGAAUUUGGGGAGGAUUGCUUACUGCAAUGGUCUGAAGAUACAGGAGCACUAUGUCAGGAAGCAUUUUGAUUCUUCAUGCCAAACUCCAAACACUUUGCUACUCUGCAACCACUAUCCUGUUUACACCAUUGGCAUCAGGCGAGCACACUACCCAGUUGAGGAGGAACAGAGAUUGAAACAACUUGGUGCAGACUUUUUCCGCACAAAUCGAGGAGGCCUAAUAACUUUUCAUGGGCCAGGGCAAUUGGUCUGUUAUCCUAUCCUCAACCUGGGCUACUUUAAGAAGAGCCUGAGGUGGUAUGUGUGCGAGCUGGAAAGGACUGUGAUUAAGAUGUGUAGCAAAUUUGGGAUCAAAGCGUCCACCUCUCCAGACACAGGUGUAUGGGUUGGAAACAACAAGAUAUGUGCAAUUGGCAUCCAUUGCGGUAGAUAUGUAACCUCACAUGGAUUGGCCCUGAACUGCAACACCGAUUUGAGUUGGUUUGACAACAUUGUCCCCUGUGGGAUCAUGGGGAAAGGAGUGACCUCUCUUAGUCAAGAGCUUGGCCGGGAUGUCACAAUAGAAGAGGCUACUCAAGUAUUACUAGAGGCUUUCAGUGACCAUUUCAACUGCACCCUGACAACUGCUGAAAGCUCAUGUGACCAGGCAGAACAGAGUCUGAAUUAAUAAAUGUACAUUAACGUCUAGUGUGGAUUCGGUCUUCAUUGUUUGAAUCUUGGAUUCUGGCCUGCUGAGUUUUUUACUAAAGGCACAAUGAUUUACUGUAGCACACUGAGUAAUUAUAUUGAUAAUACACCUACUCUAUAUACUUUAUAUAUGAGUAUAGGUACAUAUACUCUAUAUGUUUCAUGGUGGCUUUUCUGAAUUCUUUUAUUUGUAUUAAUGCAUCAUAUAAAACCAAAAUGUUUUAA